AUAUCUAAAUAUUUAUUUUAUUAAAAGAAAAUAUUUUUAUUUUUUGAAUUUGUGACAAUUUUGACAGGAAAUGCGAUUGCGCAUCCAUAACUUCCGAUUUGAAAAAACGUUUGUUUUUCCGUUUAUACACAAAUAUAAAUACUACGAAAAAGUCUAGCGGUAAAUACGUCUAAAAUUUUGUUAAUUACUUCAAUUAUUCCUUAAUUUUAAUCGUGAAUUAAUGUUAAUAAGUUAUAUAUUUCGAGUGUAUUAUUAGUAUUUUGUUUACGCAUCAUUAAAUAUGGCUGAAAAAUUAGAAGAUCUUAAUCUUCCAAAUGCAGUUGUAACGAGAAUUAUUAAAGAAGCAUUACCAGAUGGAAUUUCAGUUGGAAAAGAUGCUCGUCUUGCUGUUGCAAAAGCUUCUUCAAUAUUUAUACUUUAUUUAACUUCAACUGCAAAUUCAAUAGCAAAAAAACAUAAUCGCAAAACAAUAAGUGGAUCGGAUGUUAUUCAAGCAAUUGAAGAUAUUGAAUUUGAUCAAUUUAAAUCACCAUUAAAUGAGGCCUUAGAAAAUUUUAAAAAAACACAAAAAGAAAAAAAAGAUGCUUCAGCUAAAAAGAAACAACAAAAACAAGAUGAAGAUGGUACUGGUGAAAUACAAGAAGAUGAAUAGGAUUAAAAAAGAAAAUAGAAAUUUAAAUUAUAUACUCAUAUUUUGACGUUUACCAAAAAAAAAACAACUAUUUUUCUACACGAAAACGUCAUGAAAUUUGAAAUCUAUUUUUUCUCUAAACUUUAUUUUAACAAUUUAAUUUACAUAUAUAUAUAUUUAUAUAUAUAUUUAAAGUUAAGAAAUGUGAACAAACUAAUAUUUGACGUGCAGGAAACACUGUCAAAAAAAAAUAAA